AAACAAAGAAGAACGCAAGGUGCGCUCCCGAGCACCCGCUUUUCUACAAUUGCAAGCUGCGGCGUGAAGUCGGGGAAGCAGAAGUAUUCUCGCGCAGGAUGGUCGAGCCACGAUCGGGUUACAGGAGCUUGCAAAACCAAAGCCAACCAAAGAUGUAUGGAAUUUUCAUCGCAAGUUAAUCUGGGGAAAUCAAGAGCCAAUAUGGCCCCUCUCCUCAAGAACUUUGCUGAGACAACCCAGCCCAAGAAUCCUGACUCUGGCAAGGCCAAGGGAAACAGUUGAUAAACAAAAGAGCCCAGUACUGCAUCUUGAGCAUGAUACUUAAAUUGAAGGAUUGGCAGAGGGAAAUGCUGGGCCAUUUGGAAGAGGACUUGGGAAGCAGCAACCUCACCAACUGGUCCCUCUUCGUGUUCAGCUGUGGUCAAAUGUCAGAGAUUUGGAAACGUUCUUCAACAGUGUAUUCUGCAAUGCCGACGAAGCGAUUGCUGAAGCUAGCAGAACCUAGGCCAAUUUCUGCAACUUAUCUGAAACUAAGGCCACGAAGUUCCCCUGUGUGGCCUGUCUGCUCCUCAGCACUUUGUUGCAAAGCUUCUCAACGGAUUUUGACCCUUGCUCAACCGAGAACUAUCCAUCCAAACUUUAGUUUUCCAGAACAGCCUGAAAGAGAGAUUUCAAAGGCUGCAAGAAGAGCUGAAGCUAGCCCAAGAUUACAGCAACUUGCCCAGCCAGUAGUUAGGCAAAAAAUGCAGUUAUAUGAAAAUACAUGCAUGGAGUUCCCAAUCCGUCAAAUACCCCUGACUGCUCUACAAGCUGUCCCAAGUCCAAGGCUACUUGAACUAGCAAGACCAAAAACAAUCCCUUCUGACAGUGCCAUGGAUCGUUCCCCUGAGUGGCCCGUGUCAGUAGCAGCCAAGCAGGCAGUGGCCUCUCCUCGACUCACGGAACUCGCUCAACCUCCCAACAGGGCCCCAACCAAUCUUGUGCAGUUUAAUCCAGAUGCCUUUAUUGUAAAGGAGUCUGCUAAGAAAGCAUUUUGUACAGAAAGAGUCAAGAAUUUAGCACAACCAAUUACUCGUUGAUCACACAGAUCACCCACAUCUAAAUCUCUGUGGCAUUUUCAAUAAAUUAAAGGAACUAUA